AACAGAGGUACGCUCAUGGCCUAGGGGUGGAGCAAGCCUGCGCCGGUCCACCGCCCCCUUGCUCCUCUCGCACCCUCUUCACACUGAAUAAUGACUUUUGCUCGCUCAGGCAGAGGCGUACGCCGGCCCAUUUUGCUCACGUGCGUACCUCUAACACGUACCUCCAACGCGACCAAAACAUUUGAGGUGCUCGAUGUAUGAACCAUGUUUGUCAUGGUAGGGAUUCCCUCUAUCUGAUAAUCACGACAGCUUCUACUCCCUUUGAGCUGCAUUAAUUUCUAUACUUGCUUGACCCCCUUGGAAACCGAGUUGUUCAGCUCCAAAGUUUCAAUCCCUUGGUGAGUUUAAGCAUCUUAGUAUUAUUGUCGACCACAAUCCAUGGUCCUCACAGGUGCGCACAUGUUGAGGGGCUCUGAGGUUUUUGCUCGUGAUAAGCAUCUGGAAGUUCUGUAUGCUAGUUCAUCUGAUCUUAAUCUGCUCAAGCCGAAGGUUUAUAAUGGACUCUCAUUCGGAACUCGAACACAAUACAUUUUGAGCCACUCUGAGCGGAGCGCAGAAAAGCCUCGUGGGUAGAUCAUUGGAAUCCCGUUACCAAUCCGUCGGCAGGAUUGUUGGUCAGGAUGGAACUUUGGUUAAAGGAUGAGUCCGAUGAUCCAAAGAGCCAGGCCUACAAAUUCGACUACCAUACAGGUUGCAUGAUCCAACCAUCCAUAGAAAGGCUGGUGGAGCAUUUAAAUCAAAUGCCAUCCCGACUCGAUACAGAAGCUCGCAACCUGCAAACUCAUGCUGAGGAUGCCAUUGAAGCAGAGAAGGAGAGGAAUUGGGAGUCCUCGUACCACGAGUAUGUACGGUUUUUGGAAAUUCUUCACAGUAUCGGGUUUGACCUCACGUUCGACCGCACAUUUAACAGAUAUGGGGAUUACUUGUGGGUUACCGCCUGGGCAAGCAUACCAUGCGCUUUGUACAAGCAAAUCAAGUUGGGAGAUUACGAAGGAGCCACUAUACAUCUUGGAGCUCUACGAGCAACACGGGACGAUGAGAUAUCUGAAAGACUUCCGAUGUUAGCCUAUGCAAGCAUCGACCAACACAUUAGAAUCGUAGAUUGGGAGACAAGCUACAUGCUCCAGAGACGCGGCCAAGUGGGGCUUUCGCAUGUUCUCGCAGAACGUGCUGUGAGGGACUUCCCACGUGACUGGCUUCUGAAUGCCGACACGCCUGCUGAGGCAACGUUGAGUCACCUUCUUGGCAACCAACACCGCAGGUUCCAGCAGUACGAGAAGGCUAAAGAAUGGCGAUUGGAAUUGAGAAAGUGGUUGCCCAGCAAUUUGUCGCUGGACGCUGAAGUGGAAAUUACCCUAGACGAUGUUUAUCUGCUCUGCGACAUGGAUGAUUUAGCGGCAGCUUCCCACAAGCUCCUCAAGGUGAAGCAGAGGAUCAGUGAUGUGAGCCUGAACCUGCAUCUCAGAUGGGUGUUGAGCGUGGAUAAUGCCUGGUGGCAAUGCAGGAGGUAUCUGGCUCUUCAAGACUCCCCACCCGAGGAGUUAUCAAAACAUCACUUGGAACAAUUUCAAACUAUCAUAACCUCAAUCAUGCGCCAAGCAUUAACGGUAAGCAAUGAAGAGUUUGUACCUCCUCCGAAUCUUACCGAGUCGUCACCGUACACCAGGCUGAUGCAGGAGGUAUCUAAUCCCGUGAGCUGCACUGAUGACUUCACAGACACCGUUCGUAUGAUAGAAAACUUUUUCAUUGUUAUGGAUAGAGCGCUCUCCCCUUCGAGCUCACAGGACGUAGGUGAUGAAGAGUUUCGAGAUUUUUACUGUGAAAAAAGUUCUGGUCAAACCAAGAGAGAUGCAUUCCUAAUUGAAAAUUUUGUCAACAUGGUGCCGGAAGAUUCUGGUUUAAAUUCUGGGACAUUGUGGCUCUCUGGAACCGUGGGUUUACGAGCGGAAAAAUCUCGGAUUUGGGAUUUUACAUAUAUCAAUUACCAAGUUUACCUCACCUCACUUGUCAGCUGUGACAUGCCUCUGCCCGGCAGCGACUGGAGUGUCAUCUACCAAGUUCUAUUUGCAUGGGCCGCACUGCCAUACGCACUGUGCUACCAUACGCAAUUCAAGGACUACGAACAUUCCAUCUGGUUCUUGCAGACAAUUCAAACCGCUAUAGUGAAUUUCCCCCAUGACCUGCUCACAAGGGGGGCUUAUGCAGCCGUUGCGAUGCAGGUGAGGAUGGCUGCGUGGGAGUGGAGUUGGGCGCUUCGUGAGGAAGGGAUGUUGGACAAGGCGGAGGUGCUUUCGAAGGUGGCAACGCAGAAAUUCCCACGCCCGUUUCUGGAUGACACCCGCAGCCCUGGAUUACCAGGGGUGUGCUGAGGCCUCGUUGUGUAAAUUAUUAGCCAAACUGUACAAGAAGUUGGGACAACCUGAUGAAGCCAGAAUCUGGGAUGCCGAGCUCACAAAGUAUGUGGCUCGACAAAAUGAUCCUCCCACUCACUUGCAAAAAGUAGUAGGUCGCGUCCCGCGCCCCAGAUCAGACCUUUCAAAGUAUCCACGAAUUGGUAACAUCUCUCCAUGUAUUCGACAUGCCAGACCCCCUCCCCGCUCCAGCGGAUUGUCAUCACCAGAGCGGAUGUUCAACGCCGAUCCAAACAACAGUUUCUUAUGACCAGGUUUAGCAUGUCUUGAUUGUGGCAGGGCAUGGUGGUGGAAUCGUUACAGAAACAAGCAUUCUUGUGAUCAUUGUACAUCCAAAAAAUUUGUGAAAAUACCAAUUAGGUCGGUAUGGAUUUGUACUUAUCUGAAACUCACAUCAGCCCCUUCAAAAGGAUCUGAUGCACAAGUUGCAAUGCUGUCAGGGCAAAUUUUGUCCUUCGGUUGGCCAAGACCCUGCACAACACUGGUUUAGACUCAUGGACUUAGACAGCUUGGUUGACAUUAUGAAAGACAGAGUAAGGCCUGUUGGCAGCUGCAGUGCGGUGUCUUUGUCAUUGCGUGUCUACACCUCGUGUACAUGUAGGUACCGUACCCUCAUGUGAGGGUAUCUGAAAUGCACAAGAGGUGUAAACAUAAGAUACCCUCAUCUCUUACCCACA